AUGCCCAGCUCGCUGUUUGCAGACCUGGAGCGCAACGGCAGUGGCGGCGGAGGGGGAGGUGGCGGCGGGGGAGGCGGCGGCGGCGGUGGCAGCGGCGGGGGAGAGACCCUGGAUGACCAAAGAGCCCUGCAGCUCGCGUUAGACCAGCUCUCUCUGCUGGGGCUGGACAGUGACGAGGGCGCCUCUCUCUACGACAGCGAGCCGCGAAAGAAGAGCGUGAACAUGACCGAGUGCGUGCCAGUGCCCAGUUCCGAGCAUGUCGCGGAAAUCGUAGGGCGGCAAGGUUGUAAAAUCAAAGCGCUGCGGGCGAAGACCAACACUUAUAUCAAGACCCCGGUUCGCGGGGAGGAGCCUGUCUUUGUUGUGACGGGCAGGAAGGAGGAUGUGGCAAUGGCUCGGAGGGAGAUCAUCUCCGCUGCCGAGCACUUCUCCAUGAUCCGCGCCUCCCGGAAUAAGAACACGGCACUCAACGGCGCGGUGCCCGGGCCGCCUAACCUGCCAGGGCAGACCACUAUCCAAGUGCGGGUGCCCUACCGCGUGGUGGGGCUCGUGGUGGGGCCCAAAGGCGCCACGAUCAAGCGUAUCCAGCAGCAGACGCACACGUACAUCGUGACGCCCAGUCGCGACAAAGAGCCGGUGUUCGAGGUGACCGGCAUGCCGGAGAAUGUGGAUCGGGCUCGCGAGGAAAUCGAGGCGCACAUUGCUUUGCGCACCGGCGGCAUCAUCGAGCUCACAGACGAGAACGACUUUCACGCCAACGGCACCGAUGUGGGCUUCGACCUGCAUCACGGGUCCGGCGGGUCCGGCCCAGGCAGCCUUUGGAGCAAGCCCACCCCCAGCAUCACGCCCACCCCCGGCCGCAAGCCCUUCUCCAGCUACCGCAACGACAGCUCCAGCUCGCUUGGCAGCGCUUCCACAGACUCUUACUUCGGCGGCGGGACCAGCGGCAGCGCAGCCGCCACCCCGCGCCUGGCGGACUACAGCCCCCCCAGCCCCGCACUCAGCUUCGCCCACAACGGAAACAACAACAACGGCAAUGGGUACACCUACACAGCGGGGGAAGCCUCGGUGCCGUCCCCCGACGGCUGUCCCGAGCUGCAGCCCACCUUCGACCCAGCCCCCGCUCCCCCACCUGGGGCGCCACUUCUCUGGGCGCAGUUCGAGCGGUCCCCGGGAGGCGGACCUGCAGCUCCCGUGUCCUCUUCCUGCUCUUCCUCGGCAUCUUCGUCCGCUUCGUCCUCCUCGGUGGUCUUUCCCGGAGGUGGCGCCAGCGCGCCCUCCAACGCCAACCUUGGGCUGCUGGUGCACCGUCGGCUGCACCCGGGCACCAGCUGCUCGCGCCUGUCCCCGCCCUUGCACAUGGCCCCCGGGACGGGCGAGCACCACCUGGCUCGCCGGGUGCGCAGCGACCCUGGCGGAGGAGGCCUGGCCUACGCCGCAUAUGCUAACGGGCUGGGGCCGCAGCUGCCAGGCUUGCAGCCUUCGGACACGUCGGGCUCCUCCUCGUCGUCCAGCUCCUCCUCCAGCUCUUCAUCCUCUUCCUCUGGGCUGAGGAGGAAGGGCAGCCGCGACUGCUCCGUGUGCUUCGAGAGCGAAGUGAUUGCCGCGCUGGUGCCCUGCGGCCACAACCUCUUUUGCAUGGAGUGCGCCAACCGCAUCUGCGAGAAGAGCGAGCCUGAGUGCCCGGUCUGCCACACCGCCGUCACUCAGGCCAUCCGGAUCUUUUCCUGA